AGUUGGUGAAACAAAGAGGAAAAAUGCCAACAGCGCAGACGAAACACUUCAAGUAAAUCAGACCAUACUUUCAGAUGCUAAUAAAAUUAAUCCAACUCAAGAGGACUCUGAUAAAGCAGUAAAGAGAGUCUCUGAAACCAAUCAUGAAACAGCUGUUAUGGAUGAGAGCAGUUCAAGAGUUGCAAGGAAAAAGAUAAGAAGAAUGACAAUAUCAAACAAUGAAAAUAACUUUUUAGAUUACUUGCUCAACUUUGAUCUUAGCAGCAUCUCUGCGGCAAACACUAAAAGUGGCACUAUAGCCAUUGCAGGAUCAAAUGACCUGACCUCUUCAAUUUACACAGAUGUUCAGAAGAUUUCCAUGUCAAGUUCCUCUGACUGUCAAACUGAGAUUUUUUAUGAUCAUACAUAUGCUACUACUGGAAGUUACUUGCAUGACGAAUGUAGUAUUUCUGUACAUACAUCCUCUCAAAAUGCAAUCAGUGGCUCGCAGACAGAUGGACACUCAUUACUUCGUGAGGAGUCUUUUGAACCGAAUGGAUUUCAGUCUCUACUUAUAAUCAAUGAUCAAGGACUCACCUGUAGUCCCAACCUCCAGGAAGAAUUAAACAUAAAGCAGUUAAAAACAACUGCUAGGAAAACUCAACUAGCCCAUUCAAGUAGUCAGAUGCCAGGUCAUUUAGUCCCAGCCAAGCCCAGUCUGUGUAAAGGCAAAAAAAACACAGCUGGCUUUGACAAUGACGUCACACUGGAUCAUGGCCUAAACAAGAAACACAAAAACAGAGAAAUACAAACAUUUUCUAAAAGAAAUAUUGUUUCUACUAAACAGUCAUUUGCAAACACAAAUUGUCAAAGCAACGUAACUGACAGACCCAUUAAACUAGUCCAGCAAAGACAAGAAAAUAAAGAGACACCUGAAAGCUUUAGCAUUCACACCAUUGUAUGCAAUGAGACUCUAAGUAAUAACAGAUCACUGUCAAGUUCAACUAAGAUUGCCCCAGCUGACCUGCCAGACAGAACUGUAUGCAAAGAGAAAGUAAGUAGCAUGAAAGUGCCAAAAAACAAAAUCAAUAGCAGUAGAAAAAACACUACAGAUUCUACUGUUCCUGAGGUUUCAUCGGCAUUAGCAAGUGCCAAGGAAGUGACUGCUCAUAAUGAAGACUCAGAUGCUAAAAGCUCCUUUGAUUCAGACUGCACCUUUAUUGAAGAACAUGAAAUGUCAGAACAGACUAACAUGGUUAGAGAGGACAUAACCAUUCUGGAACCAACACCAGUAAUCAGCAAUCAAGAUGGAAAAAAUCACAGCAAGCAGCCUGACUUGUAUAAGGCCGCUAAGGUGCAAAACCCAGAGAACUCAAGUAACUCAGUGGACACAGAGAGCUCUGUCAGCAUCAUAAAAAACUUGGCACAGAAGCCUAGUUUUACUUCUGCCUUCAGUAACAGUCAGUGUACAGAGAGUAUAAAACAAGAUGUCUUUCAGACAGCUGUGGAAUAUGAAGAGGAGGCACGUAUUAGUAAAUCCAUUCUGCACAAAAAGAAGCUACCCAAAUGGAACCACGACAAACAAACCAAAUAUGAGGGUAUAAAAGCAGCCCUAAGAUCAACUUUAAAGAUUAAUGACAAAGGCCUUCACAAAAGAAAUUUUUGUGGAGAGACUCUCCUGCAUAAGGCCUGCAAGAAAGGAGACCUGGCACAGGUCAAACGGCUUAUCACAGCUGGAAUUGACAUAAAUAUUUCAGACAAUGCAGGAUGGACAGCGCUGCAUGAGGCCUGUGCUAACGGUUAUGUAGAUGUGGUGGCAGAGCUGUUACAUGCAGGUGCAGAUGUUAAUGUCAGGGGGCUGGAGGGACUUACUCCUCUUCAUGAUGCCGUUUCUGCUGGUGAAUAUGAGGUUGUGAUGCUGCUACUUCAGUAUGGCUCAGAUCCUGGUGAUAAGAAUGCACUUGGACAGAGUGCACUGGACCUUGCAGAACACAAAAUAAUCAAAGAGUUGCUCCUGACUUUUAAAGGACCUAUUACAGUAGUUGACCAGCCAAGUGAAUCAUUUAUACAAAAUUCUGAAAUGCUUAACAGUCAACAGAUAAUGGAAGGCAGUCAAGCUGAUGGAGAACUGUCUGCCUCUUUAAGGAGUGAGGACAAGAGGAAAUGCCAUGGGGAUAUGACCUGUUCCUAUUCCCAACCAUCCCCACAUGGUUCAACACCAACCCCACCCAGUCUCUGUUUGCUCAAAGACUCUUUCCCUGCAUGCCCAAAUCAUGUCUCCACCUCAUCCUCGUGUGCCCCGGUACUGUCUCCACCCAGUACCUGUGUUCCCCAGUGCUAUACAAGCCCUGUGCCCUCAUGUCCUAACACCAUCUCAUUACAUGAAGGCAAUCUCACGUACAGAGAAGAGGAUAAGAGGAACACUGCAGAAAUCAGUGCUGGUUCUUUUCCAGUUAGCAACAGUAGACCCUGCAAUUUAUGCCAAAACACGACGCAAACACACGAACACACAGAGAUGCCGGUCUGGGAUUUUAGAAUACAUGAAGGGUCAUUAAGAAAUAAAACUGUUAUGAGCAUCCAAUCUAUACGACUGAUUAGUGAUGAAGAGUUCCUGCCUUGUUACAUUAUGGACAGAUACUGGAAUUUAUUCAUGCAGAAGGAUGAAUGGGCAUUUUAAAGCUCUUUUAGAUUAUAUGGGGCCCGGGAAGAUGCUCAUCAGAAUCACAUAAAGGUUCUUUCUUUACUUUAUGUAUUGUAUAUUUGUCAAGAACCAAAGCUGUGAGCAGAAAUUUGUCUUUUUAGUAUGUAGGUGACUUAGCUACUUAUUUGUUGUAGUAACAAGCUGAUGUUUUUAUGUUUUGGGCCAGCCAUCUUCUGCACUCUAUUACAAUCUGCAAGUGCCCCUGUUUAGAAUUUUGUUUGAUUGUUAAUUAAACUUAACUACAAAUAAUUUUGUUUUAUUUCUUAAUUAAAAAUUUGUUUUUUUUUAAGUUACUCCAGUAGUUAUGUAAUUACUUUAAAAUGUACCACAUUUUAUUUCGGUGUCCUAUAUUUAAAUGCUCAGUACAUUAGGGUAGCCUUUCUAAAGUUGCAACAGGAGAAGAGUUAAAACAGUAAAUACCUCCUUUGUGAAAUGAGCUUAAAUGUUUAUGUAUGCUGUACAUGUUCUUGAUUGUGUGUGUUUGAUACCUUGCAUUCAUUUUGGGAAUCUCCUUUAAACUAACUGGUGUAAAUAAUUGUAAUUCAGUAAAACAAUCUAAUGAUA